CUCGGUGGAUGCCCGGGACCGAGCAGGCGCUGGAGACCUCUUGCAGCGUGGCCGCGUGUCCUCUGGAACUAUUACUGGUAAAAGAAACAUGGAAAGUGGUGCAGUUCUGCUAGAAUCCAAAUCCUCACCAUUUAACCUUCUGCAUGAGAUGCAUCAGCUACGCCAGCUCGGCCACCUGUGCGAUGUGACUGUCAGUGUGGAGUACCAGGGUGUCCGGGAAGAAUUCAUGGCUCACAAGGCUGUGCUGGCAGCCACCAGCAAGUUUUUUAAGGAAAUGUUCCUUAAUGAGAAGACUGUGGAUGGUACUAGGACUAAUGUCUACCUAAAUGAAGUGCAGGUGGUUGAUUUUGCUUCAUUUCUUGAGUUUGUCUACACUGCGAAGGUACAGGUGGAAGAAGAUCGGGUGCAGCGAAUGCUAGAAAUGGCUGAAAAACUAAAAUGUUUGGACUUAUCAGAAACUUGUUUUCAAUUAAAGAAACAGAUGUUGGAGUCAGUGCUUUUGGAGCUGCAGAACUUCUCAGAGUCUCAGGAUACAGAAGGAAGCAGUGGAUCCCAAGUGAGUGCUGUUCCUGAGCAGCCACUGGCUCUGGCCAGCGCAGCAGAGGAUGGCCCUCUUGCCAAUGGCCUCGUGGAUUCCUUGGGUCCCGCAGGGGAGGGAAUCAGCAAUGGCAUUUUACCAGCCAUGCCUCUGAGGAAGUCCAAGGAGAAAGCAGAGAAGAAGAAAGAAGUCGUUAAGCCUCCCUUCCCUAAAAUCAGAAGAGCUAGUGGAAGGCUAGCUGGAAGAAAGGUCUUUGUGGAAAUCCCUAAAAAGAAAUAUACAAGACGACUUCGAGAACAGCAAAAAAGUGCUGAGGAUGACAUGGGGGACUACAGAUGUCCCCAAGACUCCAGCCUCGACACUGUGGGGACAGAGCUGGAGCCAGGUGCCAAAAACGAGAAUUGUAGUACUGGGGUGAAAGUGGAGGAAGUGCUGCAGAAAGUGGUGAUAGGGGAGGAGGAGGACGAGGAUGAGGAGGAGGAGGAGGGUGGGGAGAAGAGGAAGAGCAACUUCAAGUGCACGAUCUGUGACAAAGCCUUUUUGUAUGAGAAGAGUUUCCUGAAGCACAUCAGGCACCACCACGGGGUGGCCACUGAGGUGGUUCACCGCUGUGACACUUGCGGCCAGACCUUUGCCAACCGCUGUAACCUGAAGAGCCACCAGCGUCACGUGCACAGCAGCGAGCGCCACUUCCCGUGUGAGCUGUGUGGGAAGAAAUUCAAGAGGAAGAAGGAUGUCAAGCGGCACGUGGUGCAGGUCCACGAGGGCGGAGGCGAGCGGCACCAGUGCCAGCAGUGCGGCAAGGGCUUGAGCUCCAAGACCGCCCUGCGGCUCCACGAGAGGACACACACGGGCCAUAAGCCCUAUGGCUGCACGGAGUGCGAGGCCAAGUUCUCACAGCCCUCUGCACUCAAGACACACAUGAGAAUUCAUACAGGGGAAAAACCUUUUGUCUGUGAUGAAUGUGGUGCAAGAUUCACUCAGAACCACAUGCUGAUUUAUCAUAAAAGGUGUCACACAGGUGAAAGACCUUUUAUGUGUGAAACAUGUGGCAAGAGUUUUGCUUCUAAGGAGUAUUUAAAACAUCACAAUAGAAUCCAUACUGGAUCGAAACCCUUUAAAUGUGAAGUUUGUUUCAGGACUUUUGCCCAGCGGAAUUCACUUUACCAGCAUAUUAAAGUCCACACAGGGGAACGGCCCUAUUGCUGUGACCAAUGUGGAAAGCAAUUCACCCAGCUCAAUGCACUGCAGCGCCACCAUCGGAUCCACACAGGAGAGAAGCCUUUCAUGUGUAACGCAUGUGGGCGGACAUUUACAGACAAGUCCACACUCCGGCGGCACACCUCAAUACAUGAUAAGAAUACUCCAUGGAAGUCUUUCCUUGUUAUUGUAGAUGGCUCACCCAAGAAUGAUGAAGGGCACAAGACUGAACAGCCUGAUGAGGAAUUUGCACCAUCCAAACUUUCGGAUAAAUUGCUGUCUUUUGCAGAAAAUGGCCAUUUUCACAACUUGGCCACAGUGCAAGACAGCAUCCCUGCUGUGCACGGGAAUAGUCCCAUUGACCCUGCCUGCAAGUCGGAUGACCCUGUGGUGUCCCAGGAUGCCCUGCUGGCCACCACCAUCAGUGAGCUCAGUGGGCUGACACCACAGACAGACCCGAUGCCCACACAACUUCACUCCUUAACCAACAUGGAGUAAGAGCUUGACUUCAGCUGCCAACCCGGUGGCAGCUUGAAUCUUUGCUUCUAUAAGAGAAGUAAAGAUAGCUGUGUAGGAGAUAAGUCAGGGACUAAGCAAAAGAACUGUGGGCAGUGAAGAGAACAAGAAUGAUUCCUACAGAUUCUCCCAAAUUUCUGCUCACUUGCACGUCUUGAUCAAAGCAUUUUUAAAGCUUUCCCUUAAAAUCCUGAUCUGCAUGAUCUCAGCUACACUUAGCAAACAAGGCAGUUACCAUAACCUUACUUAUUUCUGGUACAGGUUAUAUGUGUUAAUCAUUCUAAUGCUUGAUUAUUUUGAUAUUUAUGACUUGGACAUCUGCUUACCUUAACUGUCCACAGCAGUGACCCAGGUCAUGAAGUUGCUAUACCUGGUCUCACCCUGCCUUAGCUUCCAUGUGGGCUUAUUUCUGAUACUUUUAUCGUAUUUUUCUACCAAGCUGAAAUAAAACUGGGGCCGUGUAUUUUCAGCUAUGUCUUUCCUGUUGAAAUGAAUGAAGCAAAUAAAUUUGUUCUGGGGACCCUUGAAUGAAUUACUGCACUCGUUCCUCUCUGUAACCUCUGCCCCCCCACCCCUGCCCUCAACUACCUGUUAGUAAACACUAAAGGAGGAAUGACAAAUUGGGUACUUGCUCACUGCCUAGGAUCUCUCAGCAGUAAGCAGGUAGAACAUGUGCCAUAAAAUAACUUUUGAAAUGAAAAUGGCUGUUUGUUGCCUAAAAAUCAGAUUAGGUAAAAGCUGUUCUACCAAAGAUUCUAGCAGCAAACUGUACUAUUUAUUUUGCAAAGAAGUGUGAAUAUUAAGCAAGAGGCUUUAGAAGACUUGAAAUGUUUCAGCCAUUUUAUUUACAAAGUAGAAUGAGGUAACUGUGUCAAACUUAGAGCAAAGUAUUAGUAUUUUUGCAGUUUUUCUGACGUGAGUUCCAGAAACCCAGACUUUCUCAUUUCCACACGCAAAGCUUGAACUGUUUGUUUUGUUGGGAGCAUGUGAGCAUAUGUCGAUGGGACCAAAGGCCUUGCCACACUCCUCCUUGAUUAUGCCUUACGAGAGGACUGCGAAGACAAGUGUCUUAGAUGCGCCUUUGGCUAUCACAUGCUGGCCUUAAUUGCUCGAAAUGGUUUGUAGUUAAGAGACUAUUCUGCUUUAUUUUCUAAGCCUGACUCUUGGUUCCUGUAGGUUGGUGGCUUGGGUAUAUUGCUAUGUGCUUAUGAAGUGCUUUGACGUAACCAUAUUAAAAAGAAACAUGAAUGGUAAUUGUUUCAUUCGCUAGUUAGUUGCUCUCUUCCUCCACAUUUUAAUUUAUUAAACUUGCUGUGAAAACACUUUUUUCUAGAAGAACGGUACUUUGAUCUGUAAGUAUGAGACAGCUGCAUUAAGCCAGAAAUUAGUGAGGGAAGACUUGCUCCUUGAGUGCUUACUUUUGUUCUAGCAUAUAACAUGUCACAGGAAAUACUAAAAACACCUUUAGGUGUUUUAGAUGCUGAUAACAUGUUUCACACCUGCUCUUGAAGACAGCCAUACUGAAUGAUUUCAAAAUAAGUUGACAACUUAUUCUAGUUAUGUUUACAGAACAAAAAAAAAAAGUGACUAUCACUUUGGUGAGAGAAAGGACCUACUCAGCUGAUGAAUUGUUUCAUGGAAUAAAGUUAUCUUGAGGAGGAAUUUAAAUAAUUAUUUUGUUACCUACUGGAAGAAUUUUUGUCUCGAAUUUGUUUCUUUAGAAAUUCUACAAAAAAACCUGAAAUGUGUUAAUAAAUGUUUACUUUGUAAAAACAGUUUUGUAAGUUUAUUUCCACAGUUAGAAUUUAGGCCCUGCAGAAAUGAUUCUUAGUUGAAACACAAGUAUCAUUUCCUCAAUGUCAUAGGUAAUGAAAUUUCAAGUCAGAGUCUAUAGGAUUAAUCUAACUAAACAAUUUAGAUUGCAUGUUUAUCCUUCCAAGUGAAAGGCAGAGAGCAACACUAACCUCUGUAAGAAGAUGUGUAGCUGGUGCUGUGUAGUGCAAGUGGACUGAAUUCAAUGUCCUAAUAAUGUUGGCUGCACAGACUUCUCCGAUACUCCCAUUUCUCUGUCCACUUCCUGUGAGAGUUAAGGCUACCCCUUGAGAAAUCCAAAAAUUCCACAGAAGCCAUCACAGAGGGAUUUGCCCCUCGGAGCAAAAGCAAGGCCCUGAGUGUGUGACAGCAGGCAAGCGCCCCUGCUUCUGCACUGCCUUCCCCAGAGCCUCAAGAAAGGCUACUGGAGAGGAGGCCCAGCUCAUCUCUCAGCUCAACCAUGAGGGAAAUACUGUCAUCCCACACUCCAAAGUGCUGCCUUUGGUUCUAUCAACACUGUAGAGUUUGAAAAGAAAUGAGCCCUUUGGGGAAAAGACCUUUGAUAAAGGUGAGUUAUAACAGACAUGUGGCUAUGCUAAAGGUGACAAACAAAUCUGAAAAUGAGCUGCAGUAAUUAAACUCCAAUCCAUUAAAUUUUAGACCACGUUGUACCAGGAACAAUUUUAGAAACCAAAUGAGUGUUCGUCCCCUUAAAUGAACUUGAUAGUUGUUCACUUAAAAUAGCAGUGAAGGUUGGGGGUGGAGAGAGGGAGGGACUCAUGCAAAGGGCCAUCUGUUCACAUGUAUGACAGCAAGGGUAGAAAAGACCAUAGAGGGUUGGAGCAGUUCACCUUAGCAGAGCCCAGAAACCACACAUCUACCUCUGUCAAUCUGUAUAGUGACUUAGCAAAAUUAGCAACACCAGGUGUUUAAACUGUCAUAGUGGCUUCUUUUUGUUAGGAAAUACUGAAUCAAAAAGGCAUCUGAAUGAUAGCGUAAUCCUGAACAACUCAGAAUUCCUUAAUAUGGACGGAUUUUUCUACCAUUUGUUUGUUUAAAAUGCUUUGAGUUAUCUCUAAAUUGUGGACUUGAAAUUGACCUGAGGUCAACUGGCCAUGUAUUUAACUGCCUCUUCUUUUCAACCCCCAAUCCUAUGUCAUACUCCUCCCAGGUUCUAGAGGGGAGGAGUUGGCAAGAGUGCUAGCCUUCUCCAGGUAACUUAUCCCAAACAGACUUCUGUAAAGUAAACACCCAACUCAAACUAACAGAGGCGAGUGGCUUCAGGGUCCCUUGCUGGACCACCUCAAUACUCUCUAGGCACCACUGCUCAGUCAACUUUCAAGUGGCUAUAAGGAGCUUAGAGGAUACAAGCAAGAGUCCUUAAUGGAGGUAGCAGGAAGGUAUGAGAAUGUGAAGCUUAGUUUUGAGAUUAAUUGAGUACAUCAAUAGACUAAGGUUUCCUUCAAAGUCCCUUAUCUUGUAAACACACCAAAUACCCUGAAUUUCUAUUAAGUGACCUAAGUUAAGUGCUUGGAUGGAUAUUCAAAGAGCCUAAAAAAGAUAAUGCCCAUUACUUUCAGCUUAUUGUGAACAAUCUGAAGGAAAGGAAGUUCCAUUGUGCAAAUGGAAUUCGGAAAGAGUAGUCAAGAUAAUACUGAUAAUUUCCACUUUAUUUGUUGUACAGGUUCACACAAAACAUCCAUACUCUCUGCUAAGAGAUUUACCAUCACAUGGGCAGGUAGUUUUCAUAAGUAAUUCUCUGCCCAAGAGCAGCAGGGGGAACACUGUAGAGACCCACUGAGAACCUGACAGGCACGAACCUGCUCCUUAGCUCCUGGCGCACACUGCAGGCGGGAGGGUCGGAGGCGCAUGCGUGCUGCCAGCUCCUCUGAAGCAAGCCACAGAGGUCUGCGUUUGGACAUCUUAAAUACAGUCAGAGAAAAAUAACAAGGGCACACAUUUUGGUUACAGUGACACCAUCACACACAGGCCACAACUGUGCAAAAAUACUGCUUUCAAAUCAUUAAAUAAAAAAAAAACUCAUAAAGCUAUAAAAAUAUUGCCACAAAACAAAGCUUUCCUGAAGAGAUUUGAACUGACUUUGAUUAUGAACUAAGCUCAGAUUUGCUAAAAUACAAGGAUUACAACAUAAAGUCCUAUUUUGCUCAUAAAUGACUUCUAUAAAUCCAGGAGACCUAAUUCAGAGCUCCAGUCAUGGCUCCUCUCUGUGCUGAUGGGACACUUCAAGGAAGUCUGGACACUAUCAACGGGACAAUUCCCUUUAUCAUCUGGCAGAUCUGUUCUAGCCUUUAUGGUUAUUUUAAUCCUUUCUAGGUGAAGUAUCACAAAUGAAAAUUAAUUCUUAACUCGGCAGUGAUCCCAGGGUUUACUUCACUAAAAAUAAGGAACAAAACGUCACCGAUACUGCUUUAAAAAUCAUGCUUCUUCAUAUAGAGGUUUUUUAGUAGAUCACUAUGAAUAAACUGAAAUUCCUUAAAAGAAAUCAUUUGGUUUUAACUUUACAUGGUAAGAUGGUUUUUUUAACAAGUGGAAAUAAACAUUCUAAACCAGAGAUAGAACAAGAAUGCUGGCACUAGCAUUUAAAUGCUCCCCACUUGGAAAGAAUUACAGCUGGAACACAGGACGCUGCAAAAGCUCCCCAGGCUCUUGCAAAAGGAGAGUAUUGGGCUGGCUGAGGAAUAGAUGAGUUAUUGCAA